AAUUAUUUCUUAUUUAUGGCAGUUUGACAUCUUCACUUAACACAUCAUCUGCUAGAAAUCAUGACGAAUCAGGGAGUGUACAAAUAUCCUGAUGGAGAUGAAUACAAGGGAGAAUGGUUGGAAGGAAAACGUCACGGAGUCGGCCAGCUGAUUCUAGCCGAUAAAUCUGUGUAUAUCGGCAACUUUGACCAAGGGCUGUGCAGCGGAAUGGGCGUCAUGGUCUUCCCAGAUGGAACCAAGUAUGAGGGUGAGUUCCAACAGGGCCGGUUUGACGGUGUCGGUGUUUUUACCCGCUCUGAUGGAAUGAUGUUUGAGGGACAAUUCAAACAAGGAAAAGUCAGCGGUCUGGGGCUGUUGACUUUUGCUGAUGGUACUAACGGUCUUCCACGCAACGAAGGAGUUUUCGAAGGCACGCGAUUGGUUGAGCGUAGGAAGGCAUCAGACUACGUAACGAGGGCCCGACAAGUUGCCCAGCAAGCUGAAACUAUUCAGCUAUAAACAAACGAUGGCCUUCUCACAAACAUAGUUUUGUAUUCACAAUUCUGGAAAACCUUGGUCCCAAUUUCGUGGCUUUGCUUACCAUGGAAUAGACCUUUUGCGUAGCAGCCAUCUUAGAGGGCAACGCCUUUGUUUUGCUGGGAUACGCAUGAGAGAACCUUUUGUACUUUCAUUGCUACUCAAUUAAAAUAACCAAAGAUGUCCUCUAAGAUGGCAGCUACGCAUAACGUCUGAGAUUAUUAUGAUAGCUGUGUACCAACUGUGGCAUCGUCCCAACGAAUUCCACAACCAUUGUUGGGACUGCCCCAACAGUAGUUUGGACAGUCCCAACAAUAGCCAGGACCUCUGUCGUAGUUGGGACGUAACAUGAUCACCAUUCCGAGCGUACAACUCUCUCACACCUGUAAGCACACAAUCCAAAGUACAUGUAACUGCAGCAGAAAUGCCUUUCAAACCUGUGCAGACCUUUCCGCUAUUGUUAGCAGUGUCGCAAGUCGGUACGCUUGGAGCGUUCCACCGGGGAACAUUGCCUGUUCCAAUUAGGAAUGUGACAUUCUCUAAUUUUAAUGUACCAGGGAUAAGUAGUUGGUUUUUGCAUUAUACUUCUUUAGUUAUUUUGGGGAAAUUUUUCUGUAUAUUUUUGUACCUUUAUGUCAUCCAAUUAUUCAUAAUAUAAUGCGAUAGUAAUAAAUACUGUUUGAUUACAUAUUGAAAAAAAAAUUCCGUUACUGAGAUGUGACGUCCCAUUUAAUAAACAUUUAUUUAGCUUCUUUUCACUGCAAAUCAACACAUUUAUUUUUGAUCCGUAUCUUGACAAAUUCAAGGACUGUACAACAGCCCAGCCAGCCUAAUUUACAUGUACAUGUACAAGUUACAAUUGGGUUUGUAAUCUGAAUUUUGUUCAAGGAAAAUUCAGCAUUAAAUGUGCUAUUGUGAUUCACUGCAGUGUCGGAUUUUGGAGCGCACAAAACUAUGUGUUCCAGUUAUGUUUCAUUCAGGAAUAUUGUAACAAACACAUUAGUUGUACAUGCCCGUCAAUUGAAAUACAAUAGUGUAUUAUGGUGAAUAAUUGUAAAUUGAACACAUUUUUAUUACGCAAAUUGUUCUUUCAGUUUUAAACUUAAACACACACACAUACAUACUUCGUUUGGUACUCUGUGUACUCUAGGAUGUGCUUUCCACUGUUGGUUGCUUACACAUUUUUAAAUAUAUGGAAAUGUCUGUAAGCAAUAAAAAAUAAAAACAGACCAUAUCAGGACCCAUUGAUCCAACCCCCCCCCCAAAAAAAAAGUGUGUUGUAUGCUCAAAGACCCUUAGUGCUGAGUGCUCUUAACACUGCAUAUACAUGUAAGUACUUUAUUUCAAAUUGUAGUGUAGCAAAUUAUAAUCUCAACAAAAAAUAAUAAUGUUUUAUAAUAAAAUUUGUAUUCUUAUCUUUGAACAGUGUCAAUAAACUUUAAAGAAACCAG